AUGCCGGGGCCGGCAGGACAAUUCAGAAGACGUACUGUGUUGGUGAGCCUAAGGUGGCAUCUUGUUGCGGAGCGUGGACGCAAGGGCCUGAAUAGUACAAAGGCUAUGAAACUAUUCGUCAACGUGAUCAAACAACUGCCGCAGGAGUUCAACCUAGAUGUCAAGUCAUGUCGCGUCUGGAGAACUACGGAAGAUCAAUUCACCUUUUACAUGCAGAAUUUCUUCAAUUACGCUGUUUACGAUGUCGACGAAACCGGGCGAGCGAUUGGUACAACAUAUUUCUGGGAGUGGGAGCCAGAAGGGCGUUGGCCUCCUGACCCAAAGCGGCGCAGAGAAGGAACUAUGGGCUCAAAGCCCAAGACAGGGAAACCGAAGUCGGGCAAUGGAGGCAACACACAACCAGACAGUCAGCCAACCCUAGAAGAUUUGAUCGCUGACUAUGACAAACGCAGAGAGUGGUUUAAAGAACGACUUGGGGAGAGUGAACUACAUCUUCACGGCGCAAAGGAGAAGGCGGGAGAAGGAUGCGCUGUACAUCUUCCACCAGACAAUUUCGCAUCCAAGAUCGAGAAGUUUGGCAUGCGCACCGACGCGUUGAAUGACCAUUUACCGUCUAGGCCCUCGAAGGAGGUAUGGCAGCAAAAGAGAGAUCGGGAUUUGGCUCGUCACGUUAGGAAAGACUUCUUCGCACCCCUCAACAUUUGUGCUGGGACUUUGGAGAGCCAUCUUCCUUCCAGACCCGAGCGCUCCGAAUACAACAGCGAACAGAAAUGGAUGGUUGCUGAAAAGAACUGGAUAAAUCUUUUUACUGACGAGCCACCCGAGAAAUACAGAGGAACAGUUCCGAAGCCCGAUCGCUCUCAAUGCCCAAAACCCGCCAUGAAGAAGCUGGCCAAACUUGGAAAGAAUCUAAAAGACGUGGAGAACGUGCCCAAGGAAGAUGCCAAUUGGGCACUGAUGGAUACGUACGCUGCCGAGCUUCUGCAGCAAAAGAUGUGUCGAGACUAA